CGCGCAGACCACUCGUGUACUAGAAGCAAAUCGCUUUUUCUAUUACGAAUAACGAAGUAAGAAGAUUUUGCUUAGUUGUGCACAGUGUGUCAGGGGCCGUCGCAUGAUAAGAGAAAAAUAAUAAUACUGCCUCGUUUUCAUUGGAUAAAAUGUUAUUGUUCAUUAUCCCCGAAAAAGUGGACAUGUCUCUAUCAAUACAAUAAACCGAGUGUUCGCAGAGGUGUGAAACUAAUGUUUCGCGGCGAGAUGACCUACAAUUAUAUAUGGAUAUUUUUCUUGAUCCUGAGAUGUUUUCCAGUAUCGCCAAGAUCAACACAUAGUCUAUAUGAUUCCCCAAAGAUUUUAACAACACCACAGGAAUACAGUGCUCAAAAAAUACUAAAUUAUGAUGAAAGUACUAGCCUUCCAAAUGAUAAAGUUAUAUCUGUAAGAAUUACAUCGUCGAUCGCAGUUGGCGGGCGGAAAGGAAAACCUCUACCUCCAAGGAAAUUUGAAACGCAGUUGAACACAGAUGACUUUGUUCCACCUUCAGCAUAUACAGAAAUAAGUUCAACAGAAACAACAAUUUUUGAUGAAAAUUUUAGUACAGUAACUGAUUUACCUCCCCAUUUGAGGGGAGCUAAUAUUGAGUUCAUCAAACAACUUAAUGCUAAAAAAGACAAACAGAAAUAUCCAAUCCAAUAUCAUGGAUUUCAAACAGAAGAGAAAAACGAAACUUUUGAAUAUUUAUCUGAAACGAAACCAGUUUAUGAAAUAGAUAGUAGUAAAGAAUUGAGUAUGGAAAACAGCGACAUAGAAUCAUUACCUUUAUAUCGUAAUAUGAAUGAUGAUGAGCUAUUUCACAAAAAUAGUAAUUAUACUGAUUCAAUAGCGGAACCAUCAUUAAAAUCUGUUUUAACCUAUGACUUUGAAAUAAGGGAUGAUGCAGAUAUUAUACCACAAGCAAGAUCGAUACCACUUUCUUUUCGCAAUGAUCGAUAUAUUAAUAAAGAAAUUCUGCUUCAAGAUGCAAAUAUUAAAAACAAUAAAAGAAAUGCGACUCUGUCUGAGUUCAUCAUGGCUAAACCUGUUUCAAAUAUCACCAAUAAAGAGGAUAUCAAUCAAAACGUGCCAUUAGGUAGGUCAAUAUCAAUAUCCCCCGCUCCGGAAAACUAUGUUGAAGACUUAACUAAUAAGCCCGUAAGUGAGGGAGAUAUUAGUGAAAGCCUCACUACUGUUAGUUUCAAUGUACUGCAUAAUUCUCCAAACACAAAUAACUAUAAGCAACCGAAUGUAAAUUCUAAUCUGAACCCAGAUAAUACUGCAAAAUUCUAUGAACCCCCAAAAAUCUAUAGUCAACCGGCUCAAGUUUACAGUGAACCUGCAAAAUUUUACAGCGAACCUGCUAAAAUUUAUAGCGAACCGGCCAAAAUUUACAGUGAACCCGCAAAAGUGUAUAGCGAGCCGGCAAAAAUAUACAGUGAGCCGGCGAAGUUCUACAGCCCUCCUGCGUCCUUACACCUACCCCCGGUGCCGGCGGAUUAUCGACCUUGGCACCAACACUCGCAGAGCCCUGAAAUCACAAGUACCAGUAACACUACUCCGGUGACGACGGGGACUCGCGCAGACUUAUCCAAUAUUAAAGGUAACACCGAACAUCAGCCCGAAAAAAAUUAUGAAAUAGAUGAAAAAAUAAGCGUCUUAUCAGAAGGGAGAAUUCAUGGAGUACAAGAGUCUACCACUGAAAAAUGCAAAGAGGAAAACUGUAAAGUAGGCUAUGUCGUAGAAGGGCGUCAGUUUAAAAAAUAUAGAGUAGAAGAGAGGACGUCUGAUGGGUUUAUAGUGGGAGAAUACGGUGUAGUUAGAAAUGAGGACGGCGCUCUGCGAGGCGUGCGGUACACGGCGGACGGCGACGCCAGCCCGCGGCUCAUAUACGACGCUCUUAUGAAGUUCCUACAAUUGAAAUAAAUACAGUGGUGAUAAUACAAUAAAAAAACUACCUUUUUUUGCUCAUUUAUUAAUAAGUAUGUAUAAUAUUCAUUAAUAUCCAACAAUGCAAGUUACAUUAACAGUUUUAAGACUGACCUUUUACUUUUAUUUUGAUUAAACAUCACGUUCGUAAUAAUCAAAAACUAUUUGGCAUUGUUUUAAUUGUUUCCACUGGUUUCAUAAAACAAUAUGUAAAGUAGAGAGAAGUACAGUAAGUUAUGUUCUGUAAGAUAUUAAGUAAACUCUUAUAGUAUUUCUUGAGAUAUUUUGAGAAGAAAAUAUCUACAAGGAAUAUGGUGCCAUGGUCGCUGUAUCAAAUAUUUAAUAACAUUCAAUACUCGCUGUCAUAUACUUAAUUUAAGUAGUAUAAUUCAAUUAGAUUUAGGUCAUACUUUUAUGUACAUACUGUGACAUUUUUAAAAUGAACAUUCACAAAUAAAAGUUUUUUCUUAAUUGUGUAUUCAUAAAGACUUUUUAUGUUGAUUAUAAGUGAUAAAAUACGAUUGUCCCCCGCAAGAUAGUAAAAAUGAUAUUCCACAAAAAGCAUUAAAAAUUUUCUUAUCCAUUAUAAUUUAAGUGUUAAACAAAACAAAUCCAGACCAUAGAUAGUUAGUUUCAAACCUCCGCAAAA